AUGGCGAAGCUCUUCAUAGGCGGCCUGGCCUGGCAUACUGAGGAAGGCACCCUUCGCCAAAAGUUUGAGCAGUUUGGUGCCGUUGAGGAAGCGGUGGUGGUCAAGGAUAGAGAUACCGGCCGUAGUCGCGGUUUCGGAUUUGUGCGUUACACCCAAGAGAGUGAUGCCCAGAAUGCAAUAGCUGCCAUGAACAAUGUCGAAUUUGACGGCCGGACGAUUCGCGUGGACAAGGCAUCCGACAAUGGGCCCCGCGGAGGAUAUGGAUCGGGGAGGGGUGGAGGUCCUUCGGGUUUUGGAGGACGAGCGGCUUAUCCGGCGCCCGUCUCCUACGGCCAUCCGCAUCAAGCUCCUGGCUACCAUGUUGCUCCCCAGAUGUAUGCGCCGGUAGCGUACGGUCGACCUUAUCCGCAACCCCAACCCGGAUAUGGCAUGCCUCCUCAAGGAUAUGGCGUGCCUCAAUACGGAUACCUCGACCCUUCUCAGCAGCAUCAGCCUCCGCCUCCUCAAGGUGGGAGAGGCUACUAA